AUAAACACUAGAACUCCCAUUUCAUCACUAAACCACACUCAAUAAUCAAAAUUCUCUCAUCUUUCUUUCCUUAUUUAAAGAAAAGAUGACAAUGGCAUUAACGAAUGCUUUUGUUUUGCUUUUCUCUUGUGUUCUUGCAAUUUCCUUCUGUGUUUGGGGUAAACCAGCUACUUUUCUUGAUGAUUUUCAAAUUACUUGGUCUGAUUCCCAUAUUAGGCAAAUCGAUGGAGGGAAGGCCAUCCAACUUGUUCUAGACCAAAAUUCAGGCUGUGGAUUUGCUUCAACAAGGAAGUAUUUGUUCGGACGUGUCAGCUUGAAGAUCAAGCUUAUACCUGGUGACUCCGCCGGAACAGUCACCGCUUUUUAUAUGAACUCUGAUACAGAUACAGUAAGAGAUGAGCUAGAUUUCGAGUUCUUGGGAAACCGUAGCGGCCAGCCUUAUACUGUCCAAACCAAUAUCUAUGCUCAUGGAAAAGGAGAUAGGGAACAAAGGGUUAACCUUUGGUUUGAUCCUUCUGCAGAUUUCCAUACUUACACUAUUAUGUGGAAUCAUCAUCAUAUUGUCUUCUAUGUUGAUGAUGUGCCAAUCCGAGUUUACAAGAACAAUGAAGCUAGAAAUAUACCAUUCCCUAAGUUUCAGCCAAUGGGAGUCUAUUCAACACUGUGGGAAGCUGAUGAUUGGGCGACAAGGGGAGGCCUGGAGAAAAUUGAUUGGAGCAAAGCUCCUUUCUUAGCUUACUACAAGGACUUCGACAUCGAAGGAUGCCCAGUGCCAGGCCCAGCAAGCUGUGCCUCAAACACAGGGAACUGGUGGGAGGGAUCUACUUAUCAAGCCCUUAAUGCCAUGGAAGCUAGAAGGUAUAGGUGGGUUCGUAUGAACCACAUGAUCUACGAUUACUGCACCGACAAAUCCAGAUACCCAGUUAUCCCACCGGAGUGUAUCGCUGGCAUCUGAAGUCCUAUUCGAAGCUCCACAUCCAUUUCAAAUGUCAUACUUCACGCAUACAAGAAUCUUAUUGGCUUUCAAAACAAAUGGUUGGUUAAACCGGUAAGUUCUUCAAUCAUGAUGAUGGAAAACAACAAAAAAAAUUGAAUGGAAGGAAAGUCAACAGUGUUUGAAAUAUUUGCUUUGAAUUGUCAUGCUAAUGGUCCCCCCAGCGCCUCUUUUGAUAUAUUGUUUUUUCACUUGGUAGUGUUAGGGCAGUAUUUGAUUCAUUUGGUCCUAAAUAAAUGUAUAAAAGCAGGUUCAUGGUUAAGAACCUUCACCACAUUUAAGGUCCCUGGAGUGAAGGAUUUGUCUGGAAGGGUCUUGCUACGGUCGAUGUUAUCAUGAUACGGUUGCCAUUACAGAGCUAGCAAGGACCAUCUUGUGAAUAGCAGAAAUAUUUACUGCAACUCCAUUAAAUUGGAUAUAGAAGCAACAUAAUGUUGGAUAAGUACAGACAAUGCCAAAGAAAUGAAUGAAUUGGGGAGCAAAGGAUCUAUAUUUCCGGGAGAACUACCAAUCAAAUUAAAUAUUAAUCAUGGUCACAAGUCACAUUCAAUGAAACUGUAGGGGAUUAGUGGCCACAUACCUACAAUUUUGGAUGCUGUGUUGGUCUUGUUUUAAGGCUUUUGAUUUCAGAAAAAUGUUAAUCCUCUUAACAAAAUGGAAUGGAAUUUUAGUAUCUGCAUGCACAAGAGAAGCGUAAUCUUUACAGAAGUUUACUGUAUAUGACCUCAGAUAUUUUGUAGCUUUAGUGGGCUAAAUUUUAACAAGCUUAUUCUCCUCAAUGUGGAAACCAUAAAUGAUAAAUCGUAGGCUGCAACUAGCUCCGAAUGUGGACAACAUCGAAACAGAACAUUGAAUGACUUGCAACACAAGCAUUCACAACUAUGAAUCAAGCAACCGAGCUAUUGAACGGAACAAAGAAACGCUCAAUGUCACCAACUUAUCAAACCUUGACACCAUUCAACCUAACAGGUAAAAGUAGUUCUAUUGAUUUUAUUCAACAAUGUUUUGGAUAAUGUAUUUCUGCCUUUAAAAGCUUGUAAGUAUUCCCCGAUUAUCCAAAUCCGACAGGACAUUCACAUUACAUCCGAUCUAUAUUUCAUGUAGACCCCUUUUGAUCAGAGAUCACUAGGUGCUAUAACUUUUGUAUUGCCUUAAACACAAGAUGCAAAAAGAAAGCUCGUGCAAUUGAAGUUAAGUACAGCA